AUGUCUUCGCGUCAGCCAGAGAAUGAGCGCGAUUACGCCGAGAUUCUUGCAUCUGACGGGCCAGACCAUGUCACGCCCAGUCUACAAGUGAAGAAGAGUGCAAUUCAAGGCAAGGACACCGAUAAUCUCCUAUCCCCCAAAGACGCUGAAGACGGCUGCGGUGGCAAGGAUUAUAAUAGUAAUGGCCCUAAGACGCAACAGGAGAAUAACCUUCGCUCUGAGAUGGUAGGCAAGCCAUCGCCUAUCGAGCCAAUCCAGUCAACAUCGCCUAGAGACCCUGUCAUUGACACAGAAGACCGUCCUCACCAACCUCUCGCAAUGGUGGAAAGCCCUGGUUCUGGGUCUUUGAAGCCAGGUCCUGGCCCCGAGCGACUGCAGCUGAGACCUUUGAACACACGCUUUCGGUCCGCAAGAAUCGGAUCUACUGGCCCUAGAGAUAUUCCUAUUCUCUGGCAAAAGGAUCGCAAAGAGUGA